UAAAUUUACACAAUAUCCCGUUUCAGUACUCUAGGCAGAUAAUAUACAUAUAAGUGUACACCUGGUUCAUUUUUUAAAUGGAAUAGCUGUUACAAAAAUCUGGUGAUCUUGUUAUUAGGUAAAAACAAAAUAUAAUGGCAGAGUUUGUAAACUACGUAACAGAAAAUUUUUAUGUGGAUCAUGCAACAGAUGAAAUAAAGGCACUACGUUUAGAAAUGAGACAGUUUUUAGACAAUAUAACAGAAUUUAUCAACAACAAAACAUUGAAGUACAAAAUCUCAAAACUCGUUCCAUGUGGAAGUAUGACGGAAGAAACCCGUGUUUGGGAAAUGAGACUUUGAUCAGAAGAUAAAGAUGAUGCAGUACAUGAAGAAAAACAUACAGAUGGAGAAUAUAUACCUGUUUUGGAAUUUGACUUUCUAGCAAUACUCAACCACAUAUCUGAGACGCCACUUUUUAGUGAUUCUCAUCUCGGAUAUAAGACAAUAAUGCUGAAUGAUGUCUUCAUCGAGGCUGUGAAGGCUGAGAAAGAAAUGAUUCGAAACGUUGCAGGAAUGAAAAGCUCGUGCCAAUGUUUUCAAAUUACAGAAACCGAAGAUUUUGUAAGAAAACCGGAAUGUAGGCAAGGUUGCAUCAUGUGCAUGGAUUACGGAAACUUGAAAUUCAGUUGUAUCAUCGACAGAAAAUAUUGGUUUUCCUGGCGUACAAAUAACAAAAAGAACUUUAAGUUUAUAACGGAAAAGGGUAUAAUACAGCAAAAGUGCUCUACUAUAAAUGUUCAAUUAGAUUUGUUACCAGCGUAUGAAGUAAUAAGUACAGAUAAGCAGCAAGAUGCACGUGAGAAACAUCAUAACUGCUUUUUAGUGCCUAAAACUUGCAUUGAGAAAGAGCAUACGAAAUGCUGGCGUAUAUCUCGCUGUCUAACCGAAAUACGUACUCUACAGAAUACAAGUCUUUGUCACUGGAAUGUAUAUAGAACGUUGAAAUAUCUGCUGUUGGUUUUGCUUGAUAUUUGCGACAUAAAAUCAUUCCAUAUUAAAAAUAUAAUAUUGCAUCAUAUAGGGGAAUGUAAAUCUAACAGUAACGUUGAAAAGUGUCUUUGUGAAACUAUUGACGAGUUAGUUAGUUGCAUAGAAAAAGGUGAAAUGCCAUUUUGGUCAAUUUCUGGCAUUCACAUGGAGCCAUUUCAUUCUGACCAUAUGUAUUUUAAACGUAAAGCAGACUUCGAUCGUAGUUUCUACAGUGAAAUACUACGACUUACAAAGCAGGUUAUUGGAAAGAAGCAAUUAUAUUCAAGUGAAACAGACUACAAGCUCCAAACUCCUGAUGGUACUGAUAUUGCACUUUCUAAAAUUAUUGGAAAUAGCAUAUUUCAAACUGCAAACCACGUUAUUAGAAACGAAUUAAAUGUCGAACAAUAUCUGUUAGAAAUGGCUACACUUGGGGAAUCAAAUGAGGAUUUUUAUUCAUAUCAUAUUGAACAGGAAGAGGACUAUGAAAAGGUUCGCAUUGAUCCAGGAACUGUGGAUUUUUCAAGAACAAUUUUCACUGAAUCACCAUGAAAGAAAACAAUGUACUAGAAAGCAUACAAAUUAACUAUAGACAGUAAAAA